AUGGGCGUCGGAGUAGGAAGAGAACUCGUCGCUGUCGCCGCUGGCGCUCCUACCCCGGGCAAUGACGACGAGAAGCCCCAGGCGGUCGACAUCGAGACGGGCAAGGGCGGCGGUGACGCCGACACGCUGUCCCAGGCUCAGUCGUCGCCCACGCUCGAGCGCACCGACACGCGCGAGUCGUUCAACCAGCAGAUUGGCGUGACCAAGAUCGAGACGCUGUACAUGGUGUUCGGGCGCGGGUGGAAGCUUGUCUUGCUCUGGGCGUCGAUCGCGCUCAUCGCCUACGUGUGGUCCUUGGCAGCCAUCACAACAAGUAUCUACGGAGCCUUUGCCACAUCCUACUUUGGCAAGCACACGAUUGUCGGCACAAUAGCCGUGCUCACCAACCUCUCGGCGGCGAUCACGCUCCCGCUCCUCGCGAAGCUGUGCGACGUCUUCUCGCGCCCCGCGUCCCUCUCCCUCGCAACAGUCAUCUUCACGAUCGGCUACCUGCUUGUCGCCGUCGCGCAGAACGUCCAGACCGUCGUGGCGGGCGAGACGCUCUACUCGGCCGGCAGGACAGGCAUCUACCAGAUCAUGCACAUCCUCAUCAGCGACAUGACGCCGCUCCAGUGGCGCGGGCUCGUGCUCGGCGCCUACUCGCUCGGCUUCCUCCUCAACGGCUUUUUGGCGGGCUUCAUCGCCUCGGGCAUCGCGCUCUCCAUGGGUACGGGCGACGGCUGGCGCUGGGGCUUCGGCAUGUUCUGUAUCAUCAUCCCCGUGUGUGUGUGCCCCUCUAUCGGCAUCAUGUUCUGGGGCCACGCGAGGGCCAAGGCGCUUGGCGCGCUCUCCCUCGCGUCGUCGACAUACGCACGCCGCCGCGUACUCGAGGGUGAGAACGCCGCACCCAAGCGCACGGCUUGGGAGAUGACGGUGUACGUCUUCCAUGCUGUCGACGCUGUCGGCCUCGCGCUGUUUGGCUUCAGCUUUGCCCUGCUUCUCUCCCCGCCUACCCUCGAAAAGGUCGUCAAAAACGGGUACAAGAACCCAGCCCUCAUCACCAUGUACGCCAUUGGCGGCGCUCUCUUCAUCGCCUUCUGUAUCUGGGAGUGGAAGUUUGCGCGGUACCCCAUCUGCCCGAGGCGCCUGCUCAACCGUACCUUUGUCGCCUGCCUGUUCGUCGACACUCUCCACUUCUUCAGCAACUACAUCACCGACGCGUACUACAACUCGUGGGUGUACAUUGUCAAGCCGCCCUGGUCGGACCGCAACUAUGCCUUCUUCAGCAACACGUACAGCACGUCCAUGGUCGUGUUCGCCGUCAUUACCGGUGUUGCCCUGCGCUUUACCCACAAGUACCGCUACAUCCAGCUCUUUGGCAUCGUCGUGCGCUGCAUCGGCGAGGGCCUCAACUUCAUGACGGCGUCCCCCUCGCACCAGGGCGAUGGUAACUUUGUCGCGGCCAAGAUCAUCAUCGGUGCCGGCGCCGGCAUCGUCGUGUGCACCACGGCCGUUGGUGCCCCCGCUUCUGUGCCCCACGCCGAUCUGGCCAUCGCCAUGUCGAUCCUGCACAUGGUGGCACAGCUUGGUGGCUCGGUCGCCGGCGCCAUCUCCGCCACUGUCUGGAACACCAACGUGCCACGCAACCUGGCAAAGUACCUGCCCGACACGGACCAGGCGACGCGCGACAAGAUCUUUGGCAACAUUCGUCUUGCACGCCGAACAAAGCCCCAUGACAUGGUCGUCCGCGCAUACUCGGAGGCCAUCCGCCCUCUGCUCAUCAUCGCGAUCUGCACGUCGGUCCUCGCCUUCUUCAUCUCCCUGUUCGGCAAGGAGAUCUACCUUGACAAGUCGCACAAUGACGUUGAGAGGCACAAAAUCAUCGCCAUCCGCAAGAACACUGAGACGACGGACGCGGUCAUCCAGCAGCAGGUCAAGGAGGCUGAAGAGCGGGCGGCUGCCCAGCUGCAGGAGAAGGGACGAUGA